GUUCAGCUCUCACCAUGUGCGCACGUAGCGGUGCAGUGUGCGCAUAUGUCGCAUUGCUUUACAUUCUAGCAGUGAAUGGAUGUCCUGAUAACAGGAUAAUCCGUUAUUAUAAAGAGCUUGGCUGCUCACCUGUACCAGUUAAUAGCCAUUGUCCUACCAGCUUUGAUUGUGGUGAAUGGGAUAAACAAGACAUUGAAAAAUGUUGGCUGAAAGGUAAACAGUACAACAUUGGAGAGGAUGUUAGACCACUGGAUGAACCAUGUGUUCAUGAAUGUUCUUGUAGAGUUGAUGGAAAAAGGGCAGCUCUGAGCUGUAUUACCAGUGAAUGUCCAGAGCACUUGUUUGAUGUGGAAUUGCCAAAAGGUUGCUAUCAUACACAUGAGUUGGACACCUGCUGUGCAUCGGGUGAACUUUGUGCAAACAAUGGCACUGAGCUGAUACGGUGUCACUAUGAGGGGAAGGAUUACUAUGAAGGUCAACUUCUGUACAAUUCUAGUGAGCCUUGCAAAACAUGCAUUUGUGACAGUGAAUUUAAUACUAAACCACGAUGUCGUGAAGUCAGUUGCGGCCUUGAGCUUCAUUGGGCAAUUGAGUUACAGAAGGGAUGUGCACCAAUAUUCUAUGGAAGUCAAACAUGCUGUCCUAUAGAAUGGCGUUGUCCUCGUUAUGGAGACAGAGUAAUUCACAGGAAAACAAAGAAGCCCUCAGCAUCUGUCAAUUCUACAGGAACAGUGUGUCACUUUGGUGGUAUUCAGCUUCAAAUAGGUGAAAUUUUGGUGGGUCGUGGCGAAAAACGUGGCUCAUGUCAACAGUGUAGCUGCCAGCUACCACCACAUGUCACAUGCAUUCAAAAGAGCAACUGCAAAAGCAGUCCAUGGAGGUCCACAAAGACUCUUGAUGAUUGCCCACCUGAAAGAUGAGAUGGCUGCCAAGGACGACCAACAGAACCAGCACAACUGCUCAGAAGUCAACAUACCUGGAAUACAGCACAAUUUAAACUAAAGGAGAGUGUAUGGUGUGUUCACUGGUGCCGUGUGGGGAAGGACAAUCAGCCUUACUGUGCUCCAAAACUGCUAUCUAGACUGUUGAAUAUGCUGCUAGACAGCUGGAUAUUUCAGACUGCUGUGGUUUUUGGUAACUUCAGUACAAUCUAAACUAUUAAUAAGUGAAAGGUGAUUUUCAUUCAGUUAAUAAGAUAUGUAUUCAAGGAGACUUCUAAUUAUUACACUGUUUGUAAAAGCAUUAAAAGUAAUUUUUUAGCCACAUACUUUAUCAUUAUUAUUUAAUAAAGGAAAUUAAUUUCCUCUGAGUCCAAACUAGACACCUUUAUUCAGGAAAAAGUCCUGAUUUGACAAAAUUUCUUGUUUAUAGAGUAUAGUUUUCAUAUUGUUUAAUGAUUUCAACAUUUAAUAGUUUGUAUUCACCUAGAAGCAAGAAAAGAAGAAAUUACAAUAUGAAUUUUAACUUACAUGCAAAAGUUAUUCCAUGAUUGCAUUGUUAUAGAGAUUUUUGUAUUGUUGUGUACGUGCAGUUACAGGAAACAGCCACAUUUAUUACCAUAAAUAUUAAUGAGUAGAUGUGGUACAUACUGUUUACCUGAUUUGCUAAAAAAAAUAGCUGUAUUAUA